GGCUAGAUAGCUCAACACAUCAAUCGCCGCGCCCGCUAUAUAACCACGCUCUCCCCCGAUCUCUCUUCCUCCCCACUACUCUGAGAAGCUAGCACCGAUCGGGAACGAGCACCAGAUCGGAAAUGGCACUCCUCAUCCCGCUCGUCCUCGCGCUCCUCGUCGCCUCCGCCGGCGCGCAGAUGCCGCCCGUGCAGCCGCCGCCGACGCCCAGCGCGCCACAAGCCCCGACGGCACCGCCGGCCGGGAACCCGCCCCCGGCGCCCACCGCGCCUCCCGCGGGCAACCCGCCUCCCGCGCCCACCGCUCCACCGGCCGGCAACCCGCCUCCGGCUCCCACCAUGGCGCCUCCUCAGGCUCCACAGGCCCCGGCCACUCCCCCUCCGGCGCCACAAGCGCCCCUGGCCCCAAUGACCCCUCCGCUUUCUCCCACCACGCCGCCUCCUGCUCCCACAACCCCUCCCCCGUCUCCUCCCACGCAGCCUCCGCCCGCCCCUGCAACCCCUCCCCCGUCCCCCCCGGCCACGCCGCCCCCGGCACCCGCCACCCCGCCGCCGUCCCCGCCCAUGUCGCCGCCACCCGCCACGCCUCCUCCCAUGGCGACCCCGCCUCCGUCCAUGGCGCCCACCACCGCCCCGACCACCGCCCCGGCGACGUCCCCCGCCGCGACGCCCUCGAUGUCUCCCACAAGCCCCAAGACGCCAUCCCCCGCCGGCGCGCUAUCUCCGUCCGGCCCAGCGCUCGCGCCCGCGGGCGGCACGCCGACCACCGACAGCAGCGCCACGACCGCGCGCUCGGCCGGCGCCGCGGCGCUCGUGGUGGCAUUGGCCACCGCGGGGCUCGCCGUCUUCCUCUGAGCAGCUGUUGUGUACUCCUUUCCCGCGUCGCUCCCGUUUCCUCCGUGUCGUUAUUUUUUUUUUCUUAUCGAUUCUUGCUGUAGUGCGCACGUACGAUGCCAUUGGUUGUCCGUCCCGUUUCUGAUUUCAUGAUCCGCGGGCGGUGGUUGUCGUCGGUUUAGCGCGUGCACUGUGCUGUGCUGAACGUUGAUGAUCGCUGCUCCAUUUUGGGUUCAAUAGAGAGAGGAUUUGUACAUGUAUAUUUCCGGUGUAUCAUUUCAGUAGCCAUUUUCAAUAAAGUCUUGAGUCUCCAUAUCCA